CGGAGCUCAUGGCUGUCCCUGGCUGAGGUAGACGCACACACUAAAGAAAGACACCAAAGUGAACAACAAGGAGGUCUUCUUCCCUGCCAUGGGAGCCUGACCACCAGCUUCUACUGUGUACCCGUCAAAAAGCUUCGUCCAGAUGGAUCAUUUGAGAGCCAGUAUGAAGACUGUGGAACCCAUUUCAGUCAUAAAGCUCCUUUUUCUGCUGGUUCUGGUCACGUCAAGUUACGGCAUACAGGGAGCACCUCGUAUCAUCACCUUAUUAGAGACAGUGGAUGUGUUACUGGAUCACAAUGCCACCUUCAUUUGCGAGGUGCAGUCACGUCCCCCUGCUGACAUCACCUGGACCAAGAAUAAUCACCCAAUUAUAUACUAUGACCCGCGGUACAUCACCAGGGAGCAGGGACAGAUGCUAAUCAUCCCUCAUGUAAGAGAGUCAGACAAUGGGGAGUACUGCUGCCUCGCCACUAACGGCAUUGGAGAGCCAGCCAAGAGCUGUGGAGCACUGCAGCUAAAAAUGAAACCGCAGAUCAAACGCCACCCUACCAAUGUAACCCUUCUGGUAGAAUCCAAAGCAGUGUUGCCCUGCGUGACCCUCGGUAAUCCCAAACCAGAUGUCACCUGGCUCAAAGAUGAUGAGCUUAUCAAGGUCACUGACCGUGUUACCAUUCUUGACUACGGUGCAUUGAAGAUUCAUAACAUACAGAAGGAGGAUGCAGGGCAGUAUCGCUGUGUGGCCAGGAACAGCUUUGGUUUGGCCUUUUCAAAGCCAGUCACCAUAGAGGUACAGGCUCCAGCACGAAUCCUGCGGGUGCCAAAGGAGAAGAGAGUACCGUAUGGCAGCCAGAUUACCCUCGACUGUAACGCCACAGGAAAUCCAAUCCCCACCAUCACCUGGCUGGAGAAUGGGAAUACUAUCUCAGGCGCAUCGGUUGAAGAGACCUUGGUGGGAGAGGUGAUUCUGUCUGUUCUUAAAGUCACAGUGAAUAAGCCGGCUCUGUAUACCUGUCUGGCCUCCAACAGACACAGUGCUGGAGCCAACACCGUCAAAGCAACUGCAAGAGUCACUGUCGCAGAGUGGAGACUCUACAAGGGUGUUGCAGGCUACUGUAGCGCCUACAGAGGAGAUGUUUGCCGCACCAUCCUGCGAGAUGAUUCGCUGGUUUUCUUUAAUUCCUCCCUCUCGGACCCUGAGGACAUGCAGGAGUACCUGGUUCAGAGCUGGUGGGCAGAGCUGGAAGGACUCAGUAUGCUGUGUAGCCCUGCAGUACGCUCACUGCUCUGCCACUCCUCCUUCCCUGACUGCAACCCAUCAGGGUUAGGACCUGCACCUAAACCUGUCUGCAGGGAACACUGCCUGGCUGUGAAGGAGCUGUACUGCCAUAAGGAGUGGUUGGUACUAGAGAGCAGCAGUUCAGUCCAGCCUGGGCUCUUAGGCUCGAUCACUGGGUCCCACACUCCAACAUCACUGCUGCCCAACUGUCAGGCCUUACCAAGCCUUCGCACAGACCCUGAUGCUUGCACACAUGUCCCUUUUGUAGACAUCAAGAAAGAUCAAAUUACAACAACAUGUUACAAUGACAGAGGCCGUUUCUACCAAGGCAGCAUGAAUGUGACGAGGUCUGGGAUACCGUGUCAGCCAUGGAGCCAACAGUUUCCCCACGAGCACCGCUUGUCCGUGGAUGUCAUUCCAGAGUUGAAGAACUCAGACAACCACUGUAGGAACCCAGGAGGAAUCAGUGACAAACCCUGGUGUUACACCUCAAAUCCCAACAUACGCUGGGAGUACUGUGCGGUGCAGCAGUGUGGGCAGGCAGGCAUAGCAUCAGUGAUGAAGCCAGAGUCACCGGGCCCCCGUCAGACUCCUCGUCUCCCUCCCACAACCACUGUGUCAUCUCCAGCUUACUCCAUGUCUGUCAUUGUUAUCAUCCUGACCUCAAUUGCAGGUGCAGUCUUCCUCCUCAUCAUCAUCCUCGCCUGCCGCAGACGGAGGAAGCAGUGGAGGAACCGAAAGAGAGUGAUGGAGACCCCAACGCUGAGUGCUCUUCCAUCAGAGCUCCUGCUGGACCGACUCCACCCCAACCCCAUGUAUCAGAGGGUUCCCUUGCUGCUGAACUCAAAGCUACUGGCUCUUGAGUACCCAAGAAAUAACAUCCAAUAUGUUCGCGAUAUUGGUGAGGGAGCCUUCGGACGGGUUUUCCAAGCCAGAGCACCAGGGCUGCUGCCGAUGGAGUCUUUCACGAUGGUGGCUGUGAAGAUGCUGAAGGAAGAAGCCUCAGCCGACAUGCAGAAUGACUUCCAGAGAGAGGCAGCACUCAUGGCAGAAUUCGACCAUCCGAACAUUGUGCGACUCCUAGGUGUCUGUGCAGUGGGCAAACCAAUGUGUCUGAUGUUUGAGUACAUGGCCCAUGGGGAUCUCAAUGAGUUCCUGCGUCGUCGAUCUCCAACCCAAUCGGUGCGCACCCUAAGCCGUGCCAGCUUAUCGGGUCGCAGCUUCUCCUCUGAGAUGGAGGCGGGACCUCUCUCUUGCACCGAGCAGUUGUCAAUUUCCAAGCAGAUUGCAGCAGGAAUGGCGUAUCUAUCAGAGCGCAAGUUCGUCCAUCGUGACCUCGCAACCCGGAACUGCUUGGUCGGAGAGGAGAUGGUGGUGAAGAUUGCAGACUUCGGCCUCUCCAGGAACAUCUACUCGGCUGAUUACUACAAAGCCAAUGAGAAUGAUGCCAUCCCCAUUCGCUGGAUGCCCCCAGAGUCUAUUUUCUACAACCGCUACACCACCGAAUCAGACGUGUGGGCCUAUGGGGUGGUGCUAUGGGAGAUUUUCUCCCAUGGGAUGCAGCCGUACUAUGGUAUGGGUCAUGAAGAGGUUAUUUACUACGUGAGGGAUGGUCACAUCCUCUCCUGUCCUGAGAACUGUCCUCUGGAGCUGUACAAUCUGAUGAGGCUUUGUUGGAGCACACACCCAUCAGAUAGGCCCAGCUUCAGUAGUAUACAUCGGAUACUGGAGCGUAUGCAUCGAAACACGCUAAGCAUGAAUGCUGAGCCUGAGGCUGACUGCUAACCUAGGAGAUUUUCACAAAACAAAAAAGCAAACAUGUCCAUCCAUGUGCAAAAAAACAGUGAGCUAUGUAGUAAUUUAGUGAUUUUUCCUUUCCCAAUUUUUCCUCUUCAGGAGACCCAAAGUGGUAACCUUACCAACAAGUUUUGUAUCAUAAACGUACUGCUUACAUCUUUAAUUCAGGACCUCAAUUCCUGAUCAUUUACCCGCACAUACCCAUCAGACAGGUCUGGUUUUUUUUUCAUGAAAAAUGUUAAAUGACUAAAAAUAAAUGAACAUUUAGUGUUUCAUCCAUUGGAUGUAGAAUUUUCUUCUUCAUUUUGAGCUGUAAAGGUUGUGGUCUGACAGUGAACAUUUAGGUUAUAGAGUGAAUGGAAAAUGACAGUUAGUGCUCAAACAGUAACUACUUUUUCUCUUGUUGUAGUCGCCUCUAGCAAAUUCCACAGUGGCACACAAUCACUUUAAACCAUUGCUGUUGAUUGUUUUAAUAGAAAAGUUGCUAUUCCAUUUUUGGGCAUUCUAUCCAUAUAUGAAGACACACUUUUUUUUCAUCAUUUUGUUGUUGAUCUUUUUUGUUGUUGUUAAUUUUACUUUUUUGAUAGUGUUUGACACACAGUUUGUUUUAACAAAAUCUCAGCAGGCAAAGGUAAAAUUAGUUCCUCCGACUUGUAUCAUCAUCGCCCAUAAGUCUCUCACUGAAACCCAGACACACACUUUUGUUUAAUUCUAAUUAUGCAGAACUUCAUUAACAGGAUUCAUUUCUGUGUCUUUAAAUAGACUCUUUAGUGAAUGAAAAAUGGCCUAACCAAAAAAAAUUUCCUCAUUCUGAAAGACUAAAUUUUUUUUAACUGGUUCUCACAAAGACAGAUCACACUUUGUUCCAUGGUCAGAUUUCAACUGUGCUGAAUUUAAUUAAUGUUGUAUUAUGACACAAUAUGAGGACCACAUCAACAGCCUCUUUAGUGUCAGUCUUUUUUGUCAUGUGGACGUGUGGUAACAAAAAGCAAAGCCGUUUGUUGUCUUUUAAUCUGCUUUUUCUAAUUUUAUUAGAUUAAGAGAUUAAGAUCAAAUGAGAGAAAAUGUUGAAGUCCACUGAAAAUGCCUUUCAGAUGAAUGACAUGUUUUACUUCUUUUUGAAUGUGGCGUGAUAAUUAUGUUUUUAUUAUCUGUGACAUAAAUGAUACAAUUUUCACCACACUUUCUUCCUUUUAAUUAUGAUAUCUCUUUGUAUUGCUUGCAAAUAAACACAAUUAAUA